CGUCUGUCUGUUUUUAUCUUUUUAUUUAUGUUUAAUACUGAACAUUUGCCGUCGGGGCUUGUGGCCUCAGUAUUUCUAAAUCACUGGCUGUAAUUCUGCCUUCAGGAGCCUAAUUAAUUAAAUUAAAUGAACAAGUUAAUUUCCACAAAUUUAUUAUUAUAGAUUUAGGCCAAAGAUUAACUAUCUGUAUUCCUCUUCUCCCUGGAAACGUAUUCCCAGCGAUACAGAUUUCACAUCUAACAUCCUGGCCUAAAGGGUGAAGAAGAGUUUGUAAAUGGAUAUUAUUUAAUUAACGGGAAAGCUCGUGCGUCCGCCAAGCACACUCAGCGCGCGCACACUUUAAAUAACUGGUUGGCUAAAGAUGCUCAGAGAAAUACAGCAGGUGUUAAGGUUGGUCAGUCUCUUGGGAAGACAACAGCGUGUUUUAAAGACUACAAGAGGUCUUUUGGUUCUUCUGUGGACCGAAACAGUAGCUUCUGUUGAAAGUCUAUACUGCACUGUUGCAGCUGCUGGUCCCUGGUGCACUGAAAUGAGAAUGAAAGCUCUCCAACCUGUCCUCACAGAUUUGAAAAAGAGCAUGUUUCCAUGUGCAUGGCCGUGUCCUCAGCCUGACCCUGAGGAGCUGUGUGCCUUCACCGACCUGUAUGGCUCCCUCAGAUUACUCCUUUCUUUUCAGAUAAAAGACAGUUUGUGUCCAGAGUGGUGUGCUCGUAUAGAAGCGUUCCUACAGUCAUUCAGUUUGGCGAAUGCAGCGAUCAAAAUCCACUUCAAAGUCAAAUUCGGACAGCAGACCUUCCAGCGAGACUUUAGAGUGAAGAUCAAGAGCAGAAUUGCACGGGCAAACCAACCGUCACUAAUCUUGGAUGUCACAUCUAGUAAACAACCUCCGGAGUGUGUGAAGAGAGGAUGCUGGUGUCAGGGAGGACACCCGGUCCGUGGAGGCCGGCUGCCACUCAGUAUCCCAGCUGGAGCCAUGGACCAGGGUCUGUUCGGGGAGCUGAGCAUCCAGCCAUUCACACUCCUGAGCCCCUGUCUGCUGCAGUAUCCCAAUCUGGCAACACAACUCACUCACAUACAAGUGUUGAUAUGUGGCCCGAGUAAUGUUCCCAUCAUAGGCCCCUCCACCUUCUUCCAGAACCUUCCUUCUCAUCUGGACUGUCAGGAAUUGGGCCUGCAUAGUCUUCACUGCUCCUCCUUCAAAGAUCUUGUGCACAGCGGUGCCACUGUGUACACGGUGGACCAACAGCACUGUGAGCUGAAAUCAGGUCUUCCACUAAUGCAGCAGAGUCUCCUGCUGUUCCUCUUCCUGCAGCACAGUGACCCCUUCACCUACCAGCUCCCUGACAUGAUGGCCACAGAGGCACUGAUUGAGCGCCACCUGGAGGAUAUUCUGAACAACAACAGACAGGCCGUCACAACAGCACUGCAGACUGAGCUCAAGAACGCACUGAAAGCCCAAAAUAACAGAAAAAUGGACCACGAGAAGUUGUGUUCAGCUGCUGAGGUGAUUCUCAGUUCGUCCAUCAGUAUUGUGAGCAGCAGCAGUAACAUGGACUUCAGAAACGCCUGUCUGAACAGCAUGAAGGUGCGUGACACUCAUGAUCUGUCAGCCUCCCUCCGUGAAUCACUGAGGAGGGUGACAUCAUGGAAAUACACUCCCAGGGGCAGCUGCCACUCAGCUCAGAUGGAAGAACAUCCUGAGAGUGAUGAGCUGACCAGAAGAGAAAUCUGAGCAAGCCUGUGUUUGACAUGAAAACGUGUUGUUCUGGUUGAAUCAGUUUUAUUUUAUUUAUUUUUAAAGAAGAGUAGAAGUAAGUACAUGUUUGUCUUUACAAGUCUGGUGGUGAUAGAAAUAGCUUUUUUAAAAUAUUUUUUUAUACUUCUAUUUUAUAAAAUGCAUUGUUCUUGUCGUAGUUCGUUACACACAAUGUCCUUUUUCAAACACAGUUCUAAAAAAAUAAAAAGUUCCUAAAGAGAUUUACACUAAAC